AUUUCGACAAGCGUCUGCUAGUUAGCUAAUCAGCAGCCCACUUUCCGCGCCAUGGCGGUUCCGCGCCACGUCUGCGGCGCGGAUGACGCAAUGGUUUCGGCCUCGGCUCCACGACGACUCCUCUUGCGUCAUCCCCCAGCGCAUGCACCCCUUGUGCCCCAUGUAAUGGGUGUGUGCGCCGCGGUUUCGGCUUCAGCUCCACGGCGACUCCUCUCGCAUCGCGUGUUGCCCUCCUUCCUCCUCCGAGUCGCUCUUCUGCUUCAGACAUCCGGAUGUCUCGUCACGUCCUUCCCACGGUCAGGCCGCGUAAAACGCGGCGUCGACCGCAACUUGAAGAGUCAUCCUCUCAAAUCGCCGAGAGAAACAGCUCCAUUGCUCGACGCAAUACCGCCAUCUUGCAUUUCCCCUCGGUUUAGCUACCUCCUUCUUCAUCCCCACGCGCUAUCGGCAGCCUGUCAGGUUUGAAUACUCAACCAUGCAGGAGCAGCAGAAGCAGCAGAAGCAGCAGCCAAGCCAAGCGCAGCAAGAGGCGCCGCAGCAGCAGCAGCAGCAGCAGCAGCAGGAGCGCCACGCGCGCCACGAGGCGCAUCACGAGCUGCCAGCCACUCAUGCCACGUCAGAGCGGCCCGGGCGAGUGGUGGUGGAGGGCGAAGCCGUCGCGCCGUUCGUGGAGAAGCAUCCUGGAAAGAUCGCCCUGCCCGCCCAGUCCGCUGGAACUGCUGGCCGCGGUUCAUCUGAGACAGGCUUAUCUGAGGGCGGUUUGCCCAGUGGAGGCGGGUACUCAGGCCUGGCCGCUCCUGCCAGGGAGGAAUUGGAAUCGCUAGAGGAGUUCAAAGUGGUUGGGAAGGGCGGGAAGGUUAAGGAGGGUGACAAGGGCGAGCUAGUGGAGCUGCAGACACGUGGCGUGCAGGGAUUGGCGGAGGAGGAGGGAGGAGGUGCAGCAGCAGAGGAGACUAAGGCUGAAAUGGGGAAAGGGCGUGGAGUUACUUCUGGACCUGUGAAGGGAGCGGGAGAGGCGAAGGCGGGAGAGAAGGCGGGAGAGAAGGCGGGAGAGAAGGUUGGAGAGACGCCAGCGGAUGCAGGAGGUGCGGGAGCGGAGACUAAGGCAGAAGAAGGGAUCAGCCAUGGGGUCACCUUUGGGGCGGUGAAGGAGACGGGAGAGAAGAUCGGAGGGACGCAGAGUGCAUCUGAGCCGACUGAAGCGCGGGAAGGGAAAGGGCGUGGGGUCAGUCUUGGAGCCGGGAAGAGAACAGCGGAAGCGGAGGAGGAGACGGCUGGAGAGAUGCGAGCAGAGGAAGCAGGAGCGAAGAAACGGGAGGGAGCUCUGGCGGAGGGAGAGGAGAAGGCAGGGGCGGAGGGGAAAGAGAGGGCUGGAGAAGCGAAGAAGAAAGAAGGGCGAGGGGCGGAAGGUGAGGCUGUGACGGAAGGGGUGGAUAAGGGGGAGACGGCAGGUGGGCGCGCUGGUGCUGGAGGGGCGGAAGGGCGCAUUGAGGCGCAGGAGACGGCUGGCUGGCAGGCGGAGAGGGGCGGGGAGGAGGUGAAAGGGCUGGAAGAGAGGCUGUCUGUUUCGGACUUGGCUGGGACGACUGGGGAGGGCGGAGAGGGAGAGAAAAAGGUGGAGAGUCGGGAGGGAAAGGGCUUUGGGAAACCAUUGGAGGCGCAGCAGGAGGUGCGAGGGUUGGAGCAGGGAGUGGGAAAGCUGCGGGUUUCAGACAUGGGGGGAAAGCGAGGGCAGGGAGGAGAGGGGGGCAAAACGAUGACGAGUGGCGAGGCAGGGAUGAGUGGAACACCCCUGGAGGCGCAGCAGCAGGUGCGAGGGUUGGAGCAGGGAGUGGGGAAGCUGCCGGUGUAUGCAGAAGGAGGUGGGAGCGGCGGGAAGAAACAGGGUGAGGCGGGCAAGGAGGGCGGACAGGAGGGCGGACAGGAGGGCGGACAGGAGAGCAGCGGGGGGGAGGAAGAGAAGGCAGAGGGAGCGGGAAUGGUGGCGUCUGCUUGGAGCUCCGCCACAGGGGCUAUUGGCGACACUGUGAAGACAAUCAGCUCGCUCGCUGGUUUCCCACUCAACACUCAAGAUGUGUCUGAAGGCACGAAAGAGGAGGUUGGAACUGCGGAGGGGAAAGCCGUAGGUGAGGAGCGUGUGGGGUAUGGCAGGUGAGGAGCGUGUGGGGUAUGGCAGGUGAGGAGCGUGGCUUGCAUGGGUAUGGGCACGGAGGUGGAACGCUCACGCAGGAUGUGCUCACUCACACCCAUUGGCGAAGAGUGUGGCAUGGGGGAAGGAAAUGCUGCUGGCGCUGACUAGGUGCCGUGCCGUGCAUUGUGCCAAUCUGACGUGGUGGGCUGCAGCUGCAGGAGGCACACAAGCGAGAGGGAUGCAGAUUGAGGAAUGAAUGGUCAAGGGGAGGAAGACAGGGGGAAUGCGUUUGGAUGUUGGAUUUUCCAAGAUGAUCGUGGGAUGUGUUACCAGCAAUUGGGAUGGAUUCUAGCGCUUUUGUUGCCUGAUUUUCCUGUCUUUAGCACGUUCCUUUUGUUUGUAUACAUCAGCAUACAUUUGUUGCUCAACUUCUCGCUGAAUUUAGAAGUGUAAAUGCC